AUGCGAUUUUUGUUGCUAGUUUUCCUCACCCUAGCGGUGGCAUUUGCCAUCGAUACACCGAACAAGGACACACGCAUCACCGGCGGGGAUGAUGCCGGUGAGAAUGAGUUCCCCUUCACGGUGGGAAUUCUAAUUUCCGGGGACGAAGAGCAUACCUUCUGUGCGGGAGUUCUGGUAACGCCUCGCUUUGUCCUAACAACCGCGAACUGUGUGAUUCGUCAAACAAUGCUGACUGUGCUGCUGGGAUCAUCGGACAUAACUCGCAUGAACCAAUUCCUACCGGUAACCCACGUUCGACUGCAUUGGAACCACAGUAAUACGAUCAUCAACCGUGCCGACUUGGCCCUGCUAACCCUUGCUCGUGAUGCAACUUUAGGCCCUUCGGUUGCUGUGGCCCGCCUUCCGAGCCGAUCCCAGGUUGGCAAUACCUUUAAUGGAUUUGGAGCAACUGUGAUCGGCUGGGGACUGUCGGGUAAUCGAGUGGACGAAACCGUUCCCGUGCAGCACCUGCAGGUUGUUCGUAAUCCAAUCAUCAGUAAUUUCGUGUGCGGACUUUCUCAUUCGUUCAUAACGGAUGAGCACGUGUGCACGUCUGGGGACAAUGGAGGCCCGUGUGAUGGAGACGAAGGAGGACCGGUGAUGAUAACGGAGAAUGGCGAGCCUACCGUGAUCGCAAUCCACUCGUUCCACUUCGGUCGCCUGCGAGGGUGUGAACGCGGUCGAUCGGCUGUCCACACGCGCCUUACUGAGCACCUGGAUUGGCUGGUGGAGCACACAGGUGUCGAGAUAAGACCAUGA